CCUCUUUGCCUUCUUCCAGUCACCGCACUGCCCAGCCUCUACGAGACCUGAGACAUGGCACCCAAAAAGGCCAAGAGAAGGGCAGCGGCAGAAGGGGGCAGCUCCAACGUCUUCUCCAUGUUCGACCAGACUCAGAUCCAGGAGUUCAAGGAGGCCUUCACUGUCAUUGACCAGAAUCGCGAUGGCAUCAUUGACAAGGAGGACCUCCGGGACACCUUUGCAGCCAUGGGCCGCCUCAACGUGAAGAAUGAAGAGCUAGACGCCAUGAUGAAGGAAGCCAGCGGACCCAUUAACUUCACUGUCUUCCUGACCAUGUUUGGGGAGAAGCUAAAGGGUGCUGAUCCUGAGGACGUGAUCACCGGAGCCUUCAAGGUCCUGGACCCCGAGGGCAAGGGCACCAUCAAGAAGCAGUUCCUCGAGGAGCUGCUCACUACACAGUGUGAUCGCUUCUCCCAGGAGGAGAUCAAGAACAUGUGGGCCGCCUUCCCCCCCGACGUGGGCGGCAACGUAGACUACAAGAACAUCUGCUACGUCAUCACACACGGUGACGCCAAGGACCAGGAGUAGGGGGACCCUCUGGGGCCUCCUCUGACCGGCUAGUCCGACCUCCACCCCCUUCCCCCGACUCCCAAUAAAAAUCGACUGGUCUUUGUUUCUUA